UGACGCGCAUGCGUCGUGUGGCUGCGGGGCCCUGUGAUGGCGGCUGCCGAGGCUGGGGCGUGCGGCCUGAGCUCCGGCAUGGCCGUGGCCGGGGGACCCGCCAUGGACGGGCCCGGGCCCGGGCCCGAGCCCGAGCCCGAGGCGAGCGCCGCGGGCCCCGCGAUGCCCGAGCCCGAGGCGGGCUCCGCGGGCCCUGUGGUGGCCGAGGCGCCGCCGCCAGCGCUGCCCGGGCUGCGGCUGGUGCAGCAGGGCGCCGAGGCCCGCGUUUACCGGGGGCUCUUCCUCGGGCGGGCGGCGGUGGCCAAGCUCCGCAUCCCGAAGCGGUACCGCCACCCGGCGCUGGAGGAGCGGCUGAGCCGGCGGCGCACGGCGCAGGAGGCGCGGUCGCUGCUGCGGUGCCGGCGGGCAGGGAUUCCGGCUCCAGUGGUCUACUUCGUGGAUCAUGUCACCAACUCCAUAUAUCUUGAAGAUAUUGUAGACUCAGUUACUGUUCAAGAUCAUAUUAAUUCCGUACAACAGAGUGGAAAUGAUACCAGUAGCCUCCUUACCUUAGCAGAGAAGAUGGGUGAGCUGUUAGCAAGAAUGCAUGAUGAAGAUCUUAUACACGGGGAUCUUACAACUUCCAAUAUACUUCUGCGACCACCCAUGGAGAAGCUGGACUUGGUGCUGAUAGACUUUGGACUCAGUUUUAUUUCAGGUCUUCCAGAGGAUAAAGGAGUUGAUCUGUAUGUUCUGGAAAAGGCCUUCCUUAGUGCUCAUCCAGAUACUGAAGCUAUGUUUAAAACUCUGCUAAAGACCUAUGCGGCUACAUCUAAGAAAUCCGGUCCUGUGAUCAAAAGGCUGGAUGAAGUACGACUAAGGGGAAGGAAGAGGUCCAUGAUUGGGUAGAAAAGAACAGGCUUAGGGAUGGAGAAAUAUUCGUACUUAGGUUUUGCGAAUACGGUUAUUUAUACUUCCAGUUGGUUUUAUUUCAGAGAUCACUAUUUUGAUAACUGUGUCUUCAAAUAAAUAAAUUUGAAUGAGUGUAAGCGUCAUAAAGUAAUAAAAGUAAUUGUGAGAUGGGAGCACAGACAAGAGAGAAGCAUCAAAGGGUCACUUUUCUAAAUAUUUCUUCUAAAUAUUAAAUAUUUCUUCUAAAAAGUA